CUCUGCAAAUUCUCCCUCUUUCUUACCGUUACCAAGUCAACCUCGCGCCUUCUUCAACCCAACCCAACCCUUCCCUUCCCUUCUCUCUCAUCACUCAAUAUUGACUUUUAAUCCCUCCUCAGAUCCACCCAAAACCCUCACCAAACACCCUCAGAUCUCCUUCAUCUCUUUCAAUCUCCAAAAUCCCAUGUAAACCCACCAAUCUUUUCCAAAACCCACCAAAACCCACAAACAAUUUCCCCCAAUUUUGUUCUUUUCCCCCAAUUUCAUGAAAGGAGCCACUAACACUAAGUGGGUCACCAUUGGUCUUGUCUCUUCAUGGUAUGCAUCCAACAUUGGGGUCUUGUUGCUCAACAAGUUCUUGUUGAGUAACUAUGGGUUCAAAUACCCAAUCUUUCUUACCAUGUGUCAUAUGACUGCUUGUUCUUUGCUUAGUUAUGUUGCCAUUGUCUGGUUCAAAACGGUGCCGUUGCAGACUGUUAGGUCUAGGGUUCAGUUUUUGAAGAUCUGUGGGUUGAGUUUGGUGUUUUGUGCAUCGGUUGUUAGUGGGAAUGUGUCGUUGAGGUAUCUUCCGGUGUCGUUUACGCAGGCGGUGGGUGCGACAACGCCGUUUUUUACCGCGGUUUUUGCGUAUGUUAUGACUAUGAAGAAGGAGGCUUGGUUGGUUUAUUUGACUCUUGUGCCUGUGGUUACUGGUGUUGUUAUUGCUAGUGGGGGUGAACCAAGUUUCCAUUUAUUUGGUUUUAUUAUGUGUCUUGGGGCUACAGCUGCAAGGGCAUUAAAAUCAGUUCUUCAAGGGAUUUUGCUAUCCUCCGAAGGAGAAAAGCUGAAUUCCAUGAACCUUUUGCUGUACAUGGCACCCGUAGCGGUUGUGAUCUUGCUUCCCGCAACGUUAAUAAUGGAAGAUAAUGUGGUCGGGAUAACCAUCGCUCUUGCCCGAAAAGACGUCAAUAUCGUUUGGUACCUUCUCUUCAAUUCCGUUGUAGCAUAUCUUGUCAAUUUGACAAAUUUCUUGGUUACCAAACACACGAGCGCGUUAACUCUCCAGGUUUUGGGAAAUGCAAAAGGAGCGGUAGCGGUUGUUAUCUCGAUUAUGAUAUUUAAGAAUCCUGUAUCGGUGACGGGAAUGUUGGGUUAUUUGCUGACGGUGCUGGGGGUGAUAUUGUACAGUGAAGCCAAGAAAAGGUCGAAAUAAACGUCGCGUGUAUUAUUGUUCAAUUUUUUGAUUGAUGAACAUUGAUCUCCAUUUCUUGUAUACCAUUAUGACUUUACAGUUAAUAUUGUUGUUGUAUACGUACCCUUAAAAAAUGUCAAUAAACAUAAAUACGCGCUUAUGUUGUUGGUGA